CGGGGAAGACGCCCACAGCAGGCGUUUUGUCUAUCCCGGUGGACCCGCAGCUCGCGCUCUCCUGAAACUCGAGUCGCCAGAGAAGCAUCAUGGGCUUCGGGAAGUCCUCCCCCUUCCUGGCUUUCAGCAUCUUGGUCCUGUGCCAGGCAGGCAGUCUCCAGGCGACACCACUCAGGUCUGCUUUGGAGACCCUCCCAGAUCCCGGGGCACUCAGCGAGAAGGAAGGGCGCCUCCUGCUGGCUGCACUGGUGAAGGCCUAUGUGCAGAGCAAGACCCGUGAGCUGGAGCAGGAGCAGGAGCAGGAGACAGAGGGCUCCAGCAUCACUGCCCAGAAGAGGUCCUGCAACACUGCCACCUGUGUGACCCAUCGGCUGGCAGGCUUGCUGAGCAGAUCUGGGGGUGUGGUGAAGAGCAACUUCGUGCCCACCAACGUGGGGUCUGAAGCCUUUGGCCGGCGCCGGCGCCGCAGGGACCUUCAGGCCUGAGCAGUGAAAUGACUCCGGGAAGAAGUUCUCUUUCUUCUUCUUUUCCCCUUCCUCCUCCUCUUCUUUUUUAUUUUAUUUCUUUUUCAUCUCAGGUUACCAUGAAGCUGAACUCACCACUUCUAUUAACUUCCGUUGACAACAACUUGGUGAGGAGGCCCCAAGGAAGAUAUACAUGUUUGCAUCCUAAUAGAUAUUGAGAAAAAUCACCUUUGUCACUUGAAAGGAAUGAAACUGAAUGCAAAAUAAGCGAAUUCCAUAUUUCUUGUGCAUCUUUUUUAUAUUUGAUUCUAUGUGCAGUAAAUGUGAUGGCAUCUCUCAUUAGCUUAUCUGGUAGCAAAUUGGUUCUUUGAAAGCUGUCCUGUUGACCAUGGCAGCUCUGCCAAAUCUUAGGGGGACAUUAAAUCACUGCCUCUAUGGCCUCUGGGGACACAUGGUAAUGGUGAUGCUAUGCUUUAUUGUCUAAGAACAUGAUUGUAUAAUUUGUUUAAGAAAAUGUCAAUAUUGUGCCAUUUGUGAACUUCAUUAAGAUUAAAAACAUAUUUUGGAUACACUUGUUUCAAGAC